UUGAAGGCCACCAUAAGCCUAUUGGAGUCGGGGGAGGAGGAGAAGAAGGGAUAGAUGAUUGGAUUAACCUACCUCAGGCAACCACCUGUGGUCUGCGGCCUCGUCAGGUCUACUUCCUGCUUCUUAUCACCCAUCUUCUUCAUUUCCGCGAGGAAGAGGAGCUGGGUAGCCCGUGCAAAUGACCGGCUCGAUGGAGUAGGCUUCGAUUCGAAUCUACAUGCGGCAAUCAGAGCGGCUUUCAUUCGAUUCGAGGAGACUCUUUGCCCCGUGGCAGAUCCUCUUUUUAUCGACCCAUAUGCUGAAUGUUUGGUUUCUUCUGAGGUUGGUAACCCUGUGAAGAAGCCGCAGCAAAGAUCCUCGUUAUCAUCACUACAUUACAGACUGGCAACUAAGUUCAUUGAUGACAAAAUACUUGAUGAGAUUAGUAGAUUAGAGGAGCUGAGGCAGAUUGUUCUUUUGACAGAUGGUAUGGACACUCGUCCGUAUAGGUUGAACUGGCCACGAUUUACAGUCAUUUAUGAUAUAUCACCUGAAGCUGUCUUUGAAGCAGCUUAUGGGAAGCUUCAAGGUGGUGGAGCUAAGGUUUCCAAAACUUGCAUGAUGAUCCACGCUUCGCUUGAGUCAUAUGACUUGCAAACUCUUCUACAAAGAAAAGGGUUUAGCGGUCAUAAACCAAGCUUAUGGGCACUCCAGGGGCUACCACUGGCGACAUUGGCUGAGUUUGAGGAUAUAUUAUCUACAGUUAGCAGUUUAGCCAUGAAAGGCUGCCUUUUCAUUGGUGAAUUGCCUGGUUGCUUGCUCGGCACUGAACUUGAUAAUAAGCUUGCUACACAAAGGUGGAUGGAAAAGCUUUUCCUGAAUCAUGGCUUCAGAGUCAGUGUAGUGAACUACGAUGAAGUUGCAAGAAAUGUGCUUGGAGGACCCGAAGGAAAGCCUAUUAAUGUGCUUUUUGUUGCAAGGCAGUUGAGGCUUUCUGAUGCCCAGAUGGAAGCCUGGAGGUCACAUGUUGAAAGGAUUGAUGAAGAAGGUGAUGAGGAAGGAUUUGAGGAAUUUUAGAACCUUUUUGUGAUGGUGAUAUAAAAAUGGUAUCCUGCUUAUUAUACUUAUGCUCUGUUCCUCUUUGUCUAUGUUAAAGUUUAUCUGCAUAGUCACUUUUUAGAAAUUGAUUUGUUGUUUAAGGAUGGUCCGUUUUGGUUUCUUGUUAUUAGCUGCAGUUCUUCCAACUGAACUUUUUAUUAUAUAAAAGUCUUGUGUACGUUCUGUGGUAACUCCAGAGACAUGCCUAUACAGAGGUUAAUUGUUUUGCCUUUU